UCGGGCUAAUAUUUUCCAAAUUUCUCAACCAUUGGGGUCGUCCUCUUGACCUGAAACGUCCCCCUCCUUUCUCAGAUUUGCUUCAAUGGAUGAAGUGAUCACAGCCGCUGAUGCUUCAUCCAUCGCUGGAUCGACAUCAUCUGGGUCGUCAAUCAUCCCCAACAACCUCCCUCUCCUCUCUGCCUUCCUUUCCUUCGCUCUCGCUCAAUUUCUCAAGCUCUUCACCACUUGGUAUAAGGAGAAGAGAUGGGAUUCUAGAAGGAUGCUUGGGUCGGGUGGAAUGCCUUCAUCACAUUCAGCAACUGUGACAGCCCUUGCAGUUGCUAUUGGUUUUCAAGAAGGAACUGGAGGAUCAGCAUUUGCCAUUGCAGUGGUUUUGGCGUGUGUUGUUAUGUAUGAUGCUUCCGGUGUGAGACUUCAUGCUGGUCGACAAGCUGAGUUGUUGAAUCAAAUUGUGUGUGAACUACCUCCCGACCACCCCGUCUCUAAUGUUAGACCUCUACGAGAUUCACUUGGUCAUACCCCACUUCAGUUGAUCCCGUACACCCCCAAUAUGCAGACACAAAAUAACUUCCAGAAAAAUGGAAAUGAAAGGUUGUUGCUGGCAGUGUGCUGGGUUGUGUAGUAGCAUACCUCAUGAAAAGUUAACAGUUGCGACAUUUGUUUGGCCUUUUUUCGGUGCAAAGUUAACAGGCUCUUGAUUUGAUCAGCUGCUGCAUUACGAAUCAUCAUCCUGUGAAGAGGAGACAGUGAAACAGAAGGAACACUUUCUGCCCCGUGAGGUUCUAGUUAAGUAUUUAGCUUGUCCUGCUGUCUGGGGUUCGGGAAGCCGCUGUUCAAAUCAUGUGUAAUUAGUCUUCAAGGUUUUAGAAGUAGCUUAUAUUUUUCCUUAGUGUCAGCUGCAUCCAGCAUUCUAAACUGUAGAGCACAACAGAGAUUACCCCCUUCUUCGUACUCGUUUGUAUUUGUGAUGUCGUGGAUGAUCGUAAGUUUAAUUUGUAAUUAAGAUUUAUUAACUAUGAGGAGACAUAAAAUUCCAGAACAAUUCCAUUCAUUCAGUAACAAAUGGAUUUUAGAGGAACCUGCAAA